GCAGGGGGCGGCGGCCCCUGCACGGAGGCUCCUCCCAGGGACCACACCGGCUGCUCUCGCUUCCUCUCGUGGCAGGUGCUGCUCGCUCGGUCCCGUCACAGCGAGGUAUGAGUCGUCCUCGCGACGUUUGUCUCCAGGCAGCGCAAGGCCGGGGGUUGGCGUUCCGGGCGCCUCCAGAACCAGUGCCCUGAGGACUCGCGUUGUGCAUGAGGGGUAGGACCGGGAAGCGGUUUUGAGGAUGAGGUGCUUGGCGCGCAGUAAGUCCGCUGAGUGUUGCUGCCGCCGAAGUCAGGAGUAGAGCCGGGGUCCAGGUGCCCCGCAGCCCCAGGCAUCUCCUGUGUGCCUCUCCUUAGCCUGGUGCGCAUUCCACGCUGUCUCUACGCCUCUGAGCAGCUCUUGGUCUGGGGCCUACUGAGUCCCGUGGGUCUGAGACUGGGUCUCUCACUGUGGAUCUCGGAGGGGAGGGCGAUGUUAAGACAGGUGGCGAGGACCUUGGUGCAGUAACAGUGAGGUUUGCUGUCCGUGGGUCUGUGGGGUCUCCAUGCUGGGCUGUACUGCUGGACGGUAGUAGUUAGGACCUGAGGGUCAGGCCUGUCUGGACUCAACGUUCCCUGGGUGCCAGCCUUUUUUUUUUUUUUUUACCUUUGCUGGUGCUUACUAGACUGCACUAGUGCUGCUCCCUCCUGUCCAAGGACAACCUGCCAGAGCUGGAGGAGAGUGGGGAGGUGAAUUGUGAUGCGGCUUCCCGCCCCCUCGCAGUGUCCUGCCUCCUCCACUGCUCGUGUAGUGGGGGAAGGGCCUGAGCUCUAUUCUUCUUUUGAGGAAGAGAGUGUUUCUGAUAAACAGCUUUGUGAUUUGGGAGGCUCAAGUACAAGUCGGGCGGAGGGAGGUUGUGCAGAGCAGUAGCCCUGAAAACCGCGCCGAGGCAAGCCGGUCCUCGCCGAUGCCGUGCUGUUUAUGUACUGUGUGGAGACUGCAUUUCCGUAGAGUCCCCAUGCUUCUAGAGGGAGGGAGCUAGGGGGUGGCCUUGUUCCCGUUUCCACUUCGCCCAUCGCUAGGCACCUAGCACUUGGCCUCAGUGCCACGGUCCUCCACUGAGUGCUGGCGCUGUGCCAAGUGCCAUGCUGGGCUUGCUCAAUACCAGUGACGGAGGAGGCCGUGGCUGGGUGGUGGCCUGGGGUCUGUCCUCCCCGCUGAAGGGCCCUUCCCUGCAGGUGGCUUCCUGCCUGGCCCAGCACGAUGCACACGCUUGUGUUCCUGAGCACGCGGCAGGUGCUCCAGUGCCAGCCAGCUGCCUGCCAGGCCCUGCCCCUGCUGCCUCGAGAGCUCUUCCCCCUGCUGUUCAAGGUGGCCUUCAUGGACAAGAAGACUGUUGUGCUUCGCGAGCUGGUGCACACAUGGCCCUUUCCGCUGCUCAGCUUCCAGCAGCUGUUGCAGGAAUGUGCCCACUGCAGCCGGGCCUUGCUGCAGGAACGCCCCAGCACAGAGAGCAUGCAGGCUGUGAUCCUGGGGCUGACGGCCCGGCUCCACACCCCAGAGACGGAGGCUGGCACACAGCCUCUCUGCAGCAUGCCCUGCGAGUGCUGGACAUGACGGGCCUCCUGGACGACGGUGUGGAGCAGGACCCUGGUACCAUGAGCAUGUGGGAUUGCACAGCAGCGGUGGCCCGCACGUGCAUCGCGCAGCAGCAGGGCGGGACUGUGGAGCCUGGGCAGGCCCCCCUUCCUGUGGAGGUUCGUGUGGAUCUGCGGGUGAACAGGGCCUCCUAUGCAUUCCUGCGGGAGGCGCUCCGAAGCAGCGUAGGCAGUCCCCUGCGGCUCUGCUGCCGGGACCUGCGGGCCGAGGACCUGCCCAUGCGCAACACUGUGGCUUUGCUGCAGCUGCUGGACGCGGGCUGCUUGCGCCGUGUGGACCUGCGCUUUAACAACUUGGGUCUCCGUGGCUUGUCUGUUAUCAUCCCCCAUGUGGCCCGCUUCCAGCACCUGGCCAGCCUGCGGCUGCACUAUGUACACGGGGACUCCAGGCAGCCCUCUGUGGACGGUGAGGACAACUUCCGUUACUUCCUGGCCCAGAUGGGCCGCUUCACUUGUCUGCGGGAGCUCAGCAUGGGCUCCUCUCUCCUCUCGGGACGGCUGGACCAGCUGCUCAGCACCCUGCAGAGCCCCCUGGAGAGCCUGGAGCUGGCCUUCUGUGCUCUGCUACCUGAGGAUCUGCGCUUUCUGGCACGGAGCCCACAUGCCGUCCAUCUCAAGAAGCUGGACCUUAGUGGCAAUGACCUGUCUGGCAGCCAACUAGAGCCUUUUCAGGGCUUACUGCAGGCAGCCGCGGCCACGCUGCUGCACCUGGAGCUGACCGAGUGCCAGCUUGCGGACACGCAGCUGCUGUCCACGCUCCCUGUGCUGACGCGCUGCGCCAGCCUCCGCUACCUCGGCCUCUACGGCAACCCGCUGUCCAUGGCGGGCCUCAAGGAGCUCCUCCGGGAUUCAGUGGUACAGGCUGAGUUACGCACGGUGGUGCACCCCUUCCCUGUGGACUGCUACGAAGGCCUGCCCUGGCCGCCGCCGGCUUCUGUCCUGCUGGAGGCUUCCAUCAACGAGGAGAAGUUUGCUCGUGUCGAGGCUGAGUUGCACCAGCUGCUACUAGCCUCAGGCCGUGCGCACGUGCUUUGGACCACAGACAUUUACGGGCGCCUGGCAGCAGACUACUUCAGCCUAUGACCUCCAGGCAGUUCUGGGGUUCAGGGCUGCUGAAGACCCCUCCUUGCCUUAGGUAGACAGACCCUUCCCUGGCACCCUGCUGGAGGCCUGACACGAGGCCCUGGUCUCAGGUUUCCUUGCUCCUGGGCGCUGUGAGCCUUCUUUUGCUUUGGGCAGCACCGUGUGGUUUGCCUUGAGCCCGUGCCCCUGACUGGCUGACUGUCGGCUUCGGGGCUGGAUUCCAGGCCUGCAGGGCCAGAUUUGGUUUGGGUGCACUUGGCUACCCUUGGUGUUGUGGCCCUCUCAGAGCGUGUUCUCUCUAGGCCCUUCCCAAGAGUGGACUGCGCUGGGGCUGAAGCUGGAACACGGACCUGCUUCAAGGAGCGCUGGGUCUCCCUGCCCUGGCACCCAGGAGACCUCCUGGCAGGGCUUUGGAGCCAGAAGGUGUCGUUAAGGUACAACGUGCAGUGUGUUCGGAA